GUCAGGGCACUCCCACCCUGCGGCCCUUAUUCCCAUCUUCACACCUGUCCAGUCACCUCGCACGCACCCUCCAUCCCUACGCGCCUGGCUUCCGUCAGGGCGCGCUCCGAGGAAGAGCACGAGACGCCCCUCUUUCCCCGGCCGGCUCUGCUGGGGAGGCGGGGUCCACCGCCCGCCCCCCGCCGUCAGCUCCCCGCUCCCCCUCCCCCGGCGGGUGUCGGGCUGGUGCCCGAAUCCUGAAGAUGGAAGGAGCCAGGCGAAGGGGAGGCGGCGGCGGCCGCGGCCGCGGAGGCAAGAAUGUAGGGGGUUCUGGCCUAAGCAAGAGUAGACUCUAUCCCCAGGCCCAGCACUCCCACUACCCCCACUACGCCGCUUCAGCCACCCCUAAUCAGGCUGGGGGCGCAACCGAAAUCCAAGAACUGGCUUCCAAACGAGUGGACAUCCAGAAAAAGAGGUUUUACCUAGACGUGAAGCAAAGCUCGCGGGGACGGUUCCUAAAGAUAGCUGAAGUCUGGAUAGGGAGAGGCCGGCAAGACAAUAUCAGAAAGAGUAAACUGACCCUCUCCCUGUCUGUGGCCGCAGAGCUGAAAGACUGUCUAGGCGACUUCAUCGAGCACUACGCCCACCUGGGCCUGAAAGGCCACAGGCAAGAGCAUGGCCACAGCAAAGAGCAAGCCUCCAGGAGAAGGCAGAAGCACUCGGCACCCUCCCCACCAGUCUCAGUGGGAUCCGAAGAGCAUCCUCACAGUGUACUCAAAACAGACUACAUAGAGAGGGACAAUAGGAAAUAUUACCUAGACCUAAAGGAAAAUCAACGGGGUCGCUUCCUAAGGAUUAGACAAACCAUGAUGCGGGGGACUGGAAUGAUAGGUUAUUUUGGCCACACUUUGGGCCAAGAACAGACUAUUGUCCUCCCUGCACAAGGAAUGAUUGAGUUUCGUGAUGCCUUGGUUCAGCUGAUUGAAGACUAUGGUGAAGGAGACAUAGAAGAACGAAGAGGUGGAGACGAUGACCCACUUGAACUCCCGGAGGGGACUUCUUUCAGAGUGGACAAUAAAAGGUUCUACUUUGAUGUGGGCUCUAAUAAAUAUGGAAUAUUCCUGAAGCUCACAAAUUACCCUAAUUCCAGAGAGAAUAUCAACCCUUUUCACUGUUGUCAAACCAACCAUAAGGAACAGCCCUAUGAUACUACAAAAACAGUUGAGAAAUAAGGAAUAAAUCUCUUAUGUUACAAUCCAGAAUAAAGGCAUUUGGUGAUAGAAAUGAGCCGAAGUUCAUCACGAAUGCAAGGCUUCUGUACUUGGCAUUCCUCCACAGAAAGGAAGACACGUAUCAACGACAUUGGUAUCAUUUCCAAACCGGUCUUAUGUGAGAAACCUUCCACCACACUGGAGUACUUUUCAACUGUCAGGUUUUAUGUUUGUUUAAUUCACUGAGCCUUUAAGUUUUCAAACCACCAUGUGUCAUCAGAAGACAUGUAGAUUUGAAAAUACUUUCUUAAGAGAUCAUGUAACUAUAUAACUCUGAAUUUAAAAAUUGAGGGGGGAAGAAUAAUUUCAACCCACUGCCUCUUACAAGAAACAUUUUUUUAAAAAUCUGUAACUGCUUUAGUGUUAACAGGGUACAAGGUGUUUUUUGUCCUGUAUUGUACUUAAAAAGUUCUCAUUGAUUGUGAUUGUAUUGUACCGUAUGGAAAGAAAUCAGAAAUUGCCUUGUAUUCUUUAUAAUAGAGCAUACCACGUACUAUUUCAGUUUCCAUGUUCCAACUUUUCCAGUGAUGCAUGUCAACAGUUAGGUCCUAAAAUUCUGUGGUGCUAAUUCCUCCAUACCCAAUGGUGCUUCUGUGGAUGCUAACUGCACACAUGCUGAACAAAGCUUGAAAUUUAAAACUUCCCUCCCUUCCUCUGUUUAUAUGACGUAAAAUAAAAUAACUUGAACUUGUCUCAAAGUAUCACUGACAAUCUAAUAAACUGGUUUA